AUGUAUAGACUCUGUAAGACGGAAAUUCGGGUUAAACUAUUCAUUGCUAUAUUGAAGUGUUUUCAGGGUACUAACCCGCCAACACCUGCAUCCGAUUUACAAGGUCUGUCAUCGAAUGGGCCAGGUAUCGGUGGUCGUUGGGGUGGUGCUAUGGAUCACUUUCUUCAUCCUGAUGUCGAUAAGUCAAUAGCUAUCUGUUAA